UGGGCCUGGCAGGAGAUGUGCCCCGAAGACACGUACGCCACUGGAUUCAGCCUCAAGGUGGAGUCCUAUAAGGGGAAAGCCGAGGAUGACACCGCGCUGAACGGGAUCCGGCUACACUGCACCCACGGCAGCCACAGCGACAAAAGCAAAGCCCACACCGUGGAGUCCCAGAGUGGCACGUGGGGGCAGUGGGCGGAGCCUAUCUGGUGCCCCCAGGGCAGCUAUCUGACGAGAUUCUCCCUGCGGGUGGAGCAGCCCAGGGCAGGCCUUCAGGAUGGCAUGGGAGCCACCAACAUCCGCUUCGCCUGCUCGGGCAGGGAGACGCUGGAAGGUCGCGGCUUGAGCUGGGGGGAGUACGGGGAAUGGAGCCCCCCCUGCACGAAAGGCCUGCGUGGGAUCCAGACCAAGCAGGAGCCGAUCCGUGGGGUCCUGGUGGACGACACUGCCCUCAACGACGUCCGCUUCUUCUGCUACAGCCGCUGA